AUGGGGGAGAACUAUGUGUACCAGCGGCUGCCCUUCAACAGAGCGGAGGAGGAAGAGGACGCUGAGGAUGACGAAGAGGAGAGAGGGAGGAGGAUGAGUGCAAGAACGGGCACCAGCGGACAAAUGAUGCAGUGUGAAGAGGGGACAGAGUGGCUUCUGGAGCUGCUCACAGACGUCCAGCUACAGCAGUACUUCCUACGGAUCCGAGAUGAACUCAACGUCACUAGACUCUCGCACUUUGAUUAUGUCAAGAACGAGGACCUGGAGAAGAUCGGCAUGGGACGCCCCGGUCAGAGGAGGCUGUGGGAGGCUGUCAAGAGAAGAAGAGCACUUUACAAACGCAAAUCCUGGAUGAGCAAGGUGUUCCCGGUGAAGCGACCGGACUCGGACCCGCAGCCCAGUGUGCAGGGGGCCUCAGGGGGGGCGGGGCCCAGCAGCAGUGAGGGCGGAGCCUCUCUCACCUGCCUGAUCAGAGAGCCGGAGCUGCAGCUGUUAGAGCGGCUGGGAGACGGCACCUUUGGUGUAGUGCGCAGAGGGGAGUGGACAGCCCCCAAUGGCAGAGUGCUGUCUGUGGCUGUGAAGUGCCUGAAGGCCGGUGUGCUGGACUCCGACGGUCUGGAUGACUUUAUCAGAGAAGUCAACGCCAUGCACUCGCUCAACCACCAGAACCUCAUCCGCCUCCACGGCAUCGUGCUCACUCAGCCAAUGAAAAUGGUGACUGAGUUGGCGCCUUUGGGAUCACUUUUGGACCGGCUGCGAAAACGUCAAGGCCACAUCCUGAUCUCAUCUCUGUGUAAUUACGCUGUGCAGGUGGCCUGUGGGAUGGCAUAUUUGGAGUCGAAGCGUUUCCUGCAUAGAGACCUAGCUGCGAGAAACGUCCUUCUGUCCACAAACGAAACCGUGAAGAUCGGAGACUUUGGUUUAAUGAGAGCUCUGCCCACUCACACCGAUCACUAUAUCAUGGAGGAGGGCCACAAGAUACCCUUCCCCUGGUGUGCUCCGGAGUCGCUGAAAUCUCGUUCUUUCUCUCAUGCGUCUGAUACCUGGAUGUUCGCCGUCACUCUGUGGGAGAUGUUCACGCACGGACAGGAGCCGUGGCCGGGACUCAAUGGAAGCCAGAUCCUGCAUAAGGUGGACGUGGAGGCGGAGCGUCUGUCCAAACCUGACGACUGCCCUCAGGACAUUUACAACGUGAUGCUACAGUGUUGGAGCCCCAAACCUGAGGACAGACCCACUUUCGUCGCUCUCAGAGACUUCCUGCUGGAGACCAUGCCCACAGAUAUGAGAACUUUACAAGACUUUGAGGAGGAAGACAAGCUGCAGAUAAAAAUGAAUGACGUCAUCACCAUCAUCGAGGGAAGGGCAGAGCAUUACUGGUGGCGUGGUCAGAAUCGGCGCACUCUCCGCAUGGGACAGUUCCCUCGUCAUGUGGUGACGUCGGUGGCCGGUCUGUCAGCGCAGGACAUCAGCCGCCCACUAAAACACUCCUUCAUCCACACGGGACAUGGGGACACAGACCCCCACAGGAGCUGGGGGUUUGCCGACCGCAUCGACAGUUUGUAUUUAGGAAAUCCAAUGGACCCUCCUGAUGUUCUUGGUUCAACUCCUGCUGAAGCGAGGCCAACUAAACUUCCCAAUCGUGCCAAAAAACAACCUCCACCUCGGCCUCCUCAGCCUGCCAUUCUGCUCAAAAAGCCAUUUUAUGAUUCGGUGUUGGACGAUUAUGAGGAUGAGGAGGACACCAGUGCUUCGUCUGGUCUGAAGAAGCUGGGAGUGUCUCUGGGGCUGAAGCUCAGGCCGUGGGAGGCUGGAGUGCGAUCGGCCAAAAGUGAAGUGUCUUUGAUUGACUUCACUGACGACAGCUUCAGUUCCACAACGCCCUCCCCCCUCACUGAGGCUCCGCGGGACAACGACACGCUCAAGGACACUCCGUCGAUCCUCGACUGGCCGCUGCCUCAGCCAGCCUACGACGAGGUGUCUGUAGAGAUGGAGGAGCCGAGUGAGGACCAGGAGGUGAGGAGCAUCAACAAGACCCAGAGUGAAGAGGCUGUGACCGAAGCCAAACCUGCUUCCAGGAGCGAAUCCCAGUCUGCAGAUCUGUUCCAGGAGCUCCAGAGAGAGGUGAUGGUAAAGCUGCAAGUUCCCAUGACAACGGGCCGCUCCCUCCCCUCCUCGCCACUCCCUCUCCUGCCCCUCUCUCCCCUCACCCCUCACAGACAGAUCUACCUGCCCACCUCCUCCCCCUCCUCUGGGAGCUCCUCCUUCAGCGUCUGUUUGGAGGAGCUUCAGCAGCAGCAGCAGAAGCAGGCACCGCCGCGGCCUCUGCUGCCCCCACGUAGCCCUGCCCCCCCCCUGCGCAGGUACAGCCCCGUGCACAAACCCAGCCAGCCACGCUCCAGCUCCGUCUCCCUGGGCAAUGACCAGGACACACCGCCACAGAUACCGCCGCGAGACCACACAGCGUUCUCGCAGCCGGCUUCGCGCUCGUCCUCACCGCUGCCGCUGGUCCCCAUGGCAAUACCCCCACCUCCGCAGCCCGUGUCGCCGCGUAGGACGGCGGGACUGUACGGCCCCCUGGUGUCCACUGCGUCCCCUGCUCACAAACCCCUAUCCUCGUGCACCGCUGCACUGUUGGACCCGCUGGUCUGCAGGGAUGGGCGGGGCUUUCCUUCCUUGAUUGACAGCUCACAGACCACGCCUCCACUCCCGCUGCCGGAGCGCCCGGCGUUUUUGGAAAGAUACGGAGCCGCCAACAUGGCCGCAGUCAAACCCAUAGUGGUGCAGCCGCCUCCCAAACCAAACUCCUCACACAACAACAACAACGGACGCACGCCAAAUCCCAGCAUGCUCCCUGAGCAGAGCAUCGUGAAGGUGCAUGGAGAGGUUCACGGUGUCACACUUGAAGAAUGUCGGGCCGCUCUCGUCUCCCACAGCUGGAGCAUCCCUCGGGCCAUAAACCAUCUGAAGGUGGAGCAGUUGUUCCGUCUGGGGCUCAGGUCCAGGGGAGACUGUGAGGCUCUGCUGCAGAGCUGUCAGUGGAACCUGGAGCGAGCCAGUAGUCUCAUGCUGGACACUUACGGGCCUCACAACAAGUAA